AUGGCCGACGACGCGGAGCGCAUCAAAGCCGAGAAGCUGGCCGCAGCCAAGAAAAGGGUUGCCCAGCUCCAAAAGAAAAAGAAGGCCAAGAAGACUACCACCGGAGCCGACACACCCAAGGACGCAGAGGUCUCCGCAGAGACAGAACCUGCUGAAGAUGCCCCGAGCCCAGAAACACCGCAGGCAGACACCCCCGCGGAGGAGAAAGAUGAGCCGGUCGCGCAACCCGAGGCCACGGCCUCCGAACAAGCAGAGGAAUUAGAAGAACCAAAGUCGCAACUUGCCGUUGAUACAAACAUCGAGUCUCCUACUGAACCGAUGCCUCCAGCGCCCACAUCUCCUGGUCCAGACGCCGAGCCGCUGCCAGUCCGGCUCGAUACACCGCGCGGCAACCACGGCCGACAUGCCUCACUGUCAAUCCAGUCUAAGAUGCGCUCGUCUUCAUUCCGCAAGACCUCCGUCUCACAUGGAAGCGUCUCCCCCUCUCCAUCUUCUGCUACGCUCAAGUCCCCUUCACAAUCAUUACCGCCUCUAACCGGGGACGGGGAGUCGGUUCACGAAGUGUUCCGCAAACAGUCUACUAAGAUUGAGGAGCUUGAGAAGGAAAAUAAACGCCUGGAGAAGGAUCUCUCGGAAGCAACUCUGCGCUGGCGCAAGACUGAGGAGCAAGUGGAGGAUCUGCGGGAUGCGAGUGUUGAUUCCGUCGGGUUGAGGGAACAAUUGAAAAACGCAGAGGAGAAGGUUGCAAGCAUUGAGUCGUUGAAGGAGGAGAUUGCUUCUCUUCAGCGACAGAACUCACAACUCCAGACCCGGUCACAUCGAAACACAACUACAACCGAGUCACCGCCAGCCGACCUUGUUCUUCAGCUCGAGUCCAAGUCAGCCACUAUUGAAUCUAUGGAGUUGGAGAUAUCAAAUCUCCGCGCCCAGGUCGCCUCCCAAACGUCCUCUAACGAUGCACAUGAGUCUCAGGUCGCAGCGCUAGAGGAGAAAGUUUCAAAGACACAAUCAGCACUAGAUCAAUCCCAGCGUGAACUGGCAGACACCAAGCAGGCAUUGACGCGGGCCUCCGAGAAAGCAGUCAAGGAAGGCGUUGACAAGACAUCCACCGAAACUCUGGUCAAGAACCUCCAGCGUGAGAUUGAGGAGUAUAAGAACGAAAAGAGCGAAUCUGAAAAGAAAAUCGAGACGCUCGACAAGAAACUCCAGGCAAUAGGCAACCUUCACAAAGAAACCGAAGCCCGGCACCAAACACGGCUACGCGAGAGCGAGAAAUCCGACAAAGAAAUCGCUGUCAUGCGGAAAAAGAUCGCUAGCAUCGAAAACGAGAACCUGCGUCUACGCGAAGAGAGUGAUCGGAUUCGAACUCGCCAGACCAGUGGAGGCGCAGACGAUGAAGCCCUGGACGAGCUCGAGGACGAAGAACGCCAGCGUCUUGAGCGGCGAAUCCGCGAGCUGGAAGGCGAGGUCUUCGAUCUGCGCCGCGGCGUCUGGCAAGAGAAGCGCCAGGAGAUGGAGUACUACCCGGAUGAUGGACCUAGCGCUGUCUCCGGUGACGCAGCGAAUGCAUUCGACGACGUCGAUCUCGUCGGUGGACGACCCGACCAUGCGCGUCGCCGCAGCAUGGCCCAGCAGCAGCAGCACUCGUCCUUCUCCACAGUACUUUCUAGCGGCUUUGCUGCCUUUACGGGAGUUGGUGGAAACCGCGCUCAAACUUCAUCCCCUCAUCCCCCUGGUACCCGUGGUAGUCUCGAGCUUGUUUCCGAAGAAAACCUCGAUGACGAGUUCGAUGAAGAUGCAUUCGCGCGUGCGCUGGCCGAGGAGGAAGCCCGGAAGCGUGUUGAAUGGAUGCGCGAUAUCAAGAGCAAGCUGCGUGACUGGAACGGCUGGCGUCUGGAUCUGGUCGAUAGCCGUGCCGGUGCAGAGGGUGCUGGCGUAGGCAUGGGGGAGAUAUUUGAGGUUUAG